UAAAAACUAUUGGCAAUCAGCUGGCCACGAUCGUGAUUUCAAUAAAAUCUCAGUACAUCGUUCUAGGAGUGCAUUAUACGGUUACAGUUGUAAGUGUCAACAUGAAGUUGGAAUCUACUUCGGAGCAUGUAAAUCAGAAUCUUCUGAACAUACAGUAUGCGGUGCGGGGUCCUAUUGUGGCGAGGGCCGCGCAGAUUGAAAAGGAGCUUGAAAAGGGCGUGAAGAAACCAUUUGAUCGAGUAGUGCGCGCUAACAUAGGAGACUGUCAUGCCCUCGGCCAAUCCCCUUUCACCUUCAUUCGCCAGGUGCAAGCGCUGGUCGCCUGUCCUCAACUACUUUCCAGUCCAGAUAUUCCGGAUGACGUGAAAGCAAGAGCGAGAGAACUGCUGGCAGAUUGCACAAAAGGCUCAGUUGGUGCAUAUUCUCCAUCUCAAGGUCUGCUAGUAGUUCGUCGGCGCGCUGCACAGUAUUUAUCAACUCGGGAUGGAGUCCCAGCUUAUCCUGAACAGAUAUACUUGGGUUCUGGUGCCAGUGAUCUCAUUAAAGCAGUAUUGUCGUUGUUUGGUGGAGAUGUAGACGGGAAGCCGUCAGCGGUAAUGAUCCCAAUCCCCCAAUACCCCGUAUUCUCCGGGACCCUAUCAGAGCUGGGGAUCCGGCAAGCCCACUACUACCUUGAUGAAGCCCAGGGCUGGUCGCUGAUGGCCGAUGAGCUGGAACGCAGCUGGACUGAAGCUAGCAAGAGCAGUGCUGUUAGAGCGUUGGUUGUUAUUAAUCCUGGAAAUCCUACUGGUCAGGUCCUGACACGAGAAAACAUGGAAGAAAUCAUCAAGUUUGCACACCGGCGGCGACUUUUCCUGUUAGCUGAUGAAGUCUAUCAGGAGAACAUUGUCUCGAAGCCAUUUUUUUCCUUCAAAAAGGUGAUGCACGAAAUGGGCGCUCCAUACUCCUCAAUGGAACUAGCCAGCUUCAUAACAGCAUCCAAGGGUUGGGCGGCGGAGUGCGGCACCCGCGCCGGUCUGGUCGAGAUUCCUAGACUGACAGAAACUGCGCGAAGAGCGUUUGAAGCUACGAGAGCUGUGGCACAGUGCCCUAACUUGUUAGGCCAGUGCGCGUUAGAUUGUGUUAUGAAACCGCCAGCCCCCGGCGAGCCGUCCUACGAACAGUUCGCGCGCGAGCUCGCAACGGUUCGGCGAACGCUUUGCGAACGCACCGCUACUGCGUAUUUGAAGCUCAACGCCAUCCCUACAUUCUCUUGUAAUCCUAUUGACGCAUCAAUGUUCGCGUUUCCGAGGUUUUCGGUGCCAGCGCGCGCGGCGGCAGCGGCGCGAGCGCAUGGGACGACGCCUGAUGAAUUUUACUGCUUGCGUUUGCUCGAAGAAACAGGGGUCUGCGUAGUACCAGGGUCAGGGUUCGGGCAAGCCGAAGGCACGCUGCACUUCCGCACCACCAUCCUGCACCCUCGCGAGGAGUUCAGCUACAUGAUGGAGCAGAUCGCCAACUUCCACGUCAGGUUCCUCAAGGAGUAUGAAGAGAGGAGUGAGGGUUGAAGCGAUUGGGUAAACAA